AUGAAAAUACAUUUAAUAUUAGUUCUUCUAAUAGCAGUCAAUACUCAAUCCUUUUUGAAAGAGUCAGCAUAAUAACUAAUAAUUCCUUUUGCUCCUAUAAUGAUCUAAGAAGUUGUGUUAUAAUAAGAGACUGAAACAGCUAUGGCUCCAGAAUAAGAAUAUUUCUAUAAUCCAGAAACAGUCUUAAAUUCUGCUAAAGAACAAUAAAUUUUGAGAGGAGAAUUAUAAGUAAAAUUUACCAGCUAAAGGUGAG